UAUCCUUUUUCCGACCUUUCUUCUUCUAAAACCCUUAUCUUCCUCUUCUUUCUCCUCCAUCUCUAUCUCUGCAAAAAUGUCUUCUUCAAUAUUAACCUCAAGCUUCAAGCCCUUACCCAUGGCGGAUUCUUCCUCGUCUACCCUUUUCUCUCUCCCUUCCAUCUUCACCAGAUCCAAAUGCCCAAAUUUCUCAACCCCCACCAAACCCAUCAAACUUCACCUCUCUCUCUCUCGCUCUACCCUCGCUCUGAGCCACAAAACCCGCCAUAAGAGCUUCUCCCGCCUCAUCUCCUCCGUUGCCCAGACCUCGGAUUGGGCUCAGCAAGGCGAGGAAGAAGGAGAAGACGGCAGCAUCGGUGGCGCCUCCGUCGCCGUCGAGGACAACGAGGAGGGUUUCGAGACGGAGGCGAAGUUUUGGGAUGGGGAAGGAGAUGCGAGUGGGGCUGAAGACGGCGGCGGCGUGACGGAGGAGGAAGGCGCCGGCGGAGAGGAAGAGGAGGGGUUCCCGGAGCCGCCGGAGGAGGCUAAGCUGUUCGUCGGGAACCUGCCGUUCGACGUUGACAGUCAGGGCUUGGCUAUGCUCUUUGAGCAAGCUGGUACUGUCGAGAUUGCUGAGGUUAUAUACAAUAGAGACACUGACCAGAGCCGUGGGUUUGGUUUUGUAACAAUGAGUACAGUGGAAGAAGCCGAGACAGCUGUGGAGAAGCUCCAUAGCUAUGAAUUCAACGGUCGGAAUCUGACAGUAAACAAGGCAGCUCCGAGAGGAUCCCGGCCCGAACGCCCACCACGUGAGUAUGAGCCUGCAUUCAGGAUCUAUGUAGGGAACCUACCAUGGGACGUGGACAAUGCUCGUCUAGAACAGGUUUUCAGCGAGCACGGCAAAGUCAUGGAAGCCCGCGUGGUUUAUGACCGUGAGACAGGCCGUUCACGUGGUUUCGGGUUUGUUAAAAUGUCCAACGAGACCGAACUCAAUGACGCCAUUGCCGCCCUUGAUGGACAGAACAUGGAUGGAAGAGCGAUCAGAGUGAAUGUAGCGGAGGAACGGAGCAGAGGCAGGCGUGGGUUUUGAGAUAUGAAGAUGAAGAUGAAGAUGAAGAUGAUGAAGCCGUUUGUGACCUGUCUCUGAAUCUUGUUUUACUUUUCUUUGGAUGAGAUUUACUGUCUUUGACAAUUUUUGUCUGAAACUCCCAACACCUUCUUCAUUUGCCAUCCAUCCUUGUCUUGUCCCCUUUUCGGGUUUGGUUAUACAAAAUCGACAUAAUCUGAACAUCGA